AUGGAAAUGUACAAAGCUCAUACUGCGCACCCAACGCGCCAGCCCUCUCGGUAUCGAUCUGCGCGGGAAACCGCUCAUACUGGGAUGGAAGUGGGAGGUGGAGAUGUGCUCAAAAACGAAGCAGCGACCCGUUCAGUCGGGGCUAGUAUCGCCCAGUCAAACGAGACCAAUCCGUCAAUCGCAAGAAGUAUGUCUCGGUACCGGCGCAAUCGACCUUCUGCUACCACCACCUCGGGAGCUACCCCCGCCAGUUCAAAUCCUACACACGCCCCAGUCCCAGUCCCACCGUUACCGUUAUCAGCCAGAAUGAGCGCUACCUUCACCACGGAGGAGGAGCGCUUGAUAGAGAAGCAUAGACUGGAUGCGAUGGAACAAUUGACAGGGGGAUCUCCGGUAGUUCCAGAGACUAAGCAUUCGUACUGGUCGCGGUCUGCUCAAUCGCAAAAAAGACAUUCUAAGAAGUCGAACAAAGACGAACCAGUGUCUAUGAAAAUACAUGAGACAUCCAAAGGAGCUCGGCCCAUCUCAAAUCCCUCAAGCACAGGGGAGCGGAAGUCCUUUCUCCAGAAGGUCAAGCUAUCCAGAGCCAAAGAACACACUCCUAGUGAUGAGCAGGUCCCAAAAUACAUCGGCAUUGGAGGGGGAGGUAUUGUCCCUGGAACAGAUGCCCCCAUCUCAGCUAUCAAUGCUGGAGAGCGUCAUGUUCGCGUGCAGUACAGCGAUACCUGUUUCGACCUGACCAUCACUCCUGCAACACUCGUCUCAGACCUGUUAUUGUCUGCUUGCGAUCAUUUCCCUGAAAUUGACCCCGAAAAUUUCAUCCUGAUUGAAUCGUUUCGCCAAAUCAGUCUGGAGAGGCCCCUGCGUCGGUACGAGUAUGUGCGAGAUGUUAUGAAUUCAUGGACACAAGAUAGUGACAACCGUCUCAUUAUUAUCCCCCCUUCCAGCAUGGAUGCCCUGGAUCAAGUGAACCCACAACAGGUCCCAAGUGAGAGCCCUACUGAGACCACUGUUUACGUCUACCACUCUCAACGACCUCGCAAAUGGGAGAAACGGCACGUUACCUUGCGGGCGGAUGGUCAAAUAUUCAUCUCGAAGAAGGAAAACUCAAGAGAUCAUACCAAUAUAUGCCAUUUGUCUGAUUAUGACAUCUACUCCCCAAGUGCCCGAGCUAUUGCCAAGGACAUCAAGCCCCCGAAGAAGAUCUGCUUCGCUAUCAAAAGUCAGCAGAAAUCUUCCAUGUUUUUGUCGACUGAAAAUUUUGUGCACUUUUUCUGCACCAACGACCGAGCGACUGCUGACAAGUGGUACCAAACUGUUCAACAGUGGCGCAGUUACUAUUUGAUGAAAAAGACUGUGGGAACCACACAAACUGUUGGCAACGAAGCAGCUCUCCCAAAACGCUCUCUGGUCAUGAAUGGUGUGUCCCUAGUGGAUAGGAUCCCCGGUGAUGCGGAGCCGCUCCCGAGGGUACGCUCAUCAAUGGACCGGCCCCGGGCCCCCAGUGUAAAGGGCACCUUCUCCCACAAGUCUCCAAGGGAAUACGCAUCACCGACAGGGCUCUUUCCUGAGACGCUGCAACUGAACACCCAAUUCCCGGAUGAUGACGAUACACCGCUAGUGCAAAGAAUUAGCUUUGAAAAUAAAGAGGUCGAGACCUUCGCACCUUCUGGACUGCUAGGACGCACCUACACCCAGAGGCACCAAGCCAUGCGUGAGCGUCAAGACAACGAAAAGCGAGGAAAGCAAAAUUCCCCUUUCUCUUCGAGCCAGCUGAAUGGGGCCAUGCCUCCAGCAUACACCCCCAGCGCUCCCCCGAACCCCACUACCAUGCUCAGUCGCAGCAAGUCAUUAAGCCAGAAGAGCAAGCCCCUUAUCGACUUGACACCUGUGUUCCAAGAGCCUCCCCAGCACACUCGCAAGGGCCGCGGUGUCACCGUCGAGCCCGGCAUGGCGCUGAUCGAUGCUGCUACAGGCCCUGAACUUUUGCCAAGCGGCAUGGCCAUCCCACCAGCUGUUGCGUGGCGACGCCCGUCAGUCCCAGAGGUUCCCCCAAGCCCCAAGCCUCGACGCCGAGCCAACACUGUUCGCAGCGUGCACACUGUAGCUCAGCCUAGAAUGGAAUCCAAUUCCACAGGCGUCAGUCCUAGCGCGCCCGCUGUUCCCGCUGUUCCGUUCUUGCCGAACAGUCUCCUCGCGAGCGUCAAAACAGCGAGCCCCAUCACAAAACAGCCGACUGGCCAUGCCGUCGCAACAGGCGACCGCAAUGCCACGCGGCCGAUGCUGGAUAUGUCUCCGGUAAAUCCAUUCGCUGAGGGCAGCUUGCUUAGCCAGCUUUGA